AUGAGUACCGAGUUUUGGGAUGUGAAACCGAUUGGUGAGGCGUGGCAUUAUUUGGGUGACUAUUUCACACUACUCACACUGCAUCUGUCCUCCCUCACACCGACUACACCGGGUCGGGUCUCCGACGUGGGGAACUCAUCUGUGGAUCGCGACUCGGUAAAUGACUCCGGCCGAGCUACGGGGAUUCGUCCACAUGAGAAAAUUCGUACAGAUGCCCGUGAACAACGACUGGAGCGGUUUAUAUCACAUCCGUCCACCACACUAUCGAGUAGUAGCUUGCAGCCUUCCAAAUCCAACAAGGAUGCUACGCUUGACGAACCUCCGUCUAGUCCCACUCUGGAUGAUUUAGAUGAUUUGAUACAGGAAGAUGGAGAAAAUCGUCCACCGGAAGAGAGAAAACCCACCUCUGAGCCCCACUCCCCAACCAAGUCUGACUGUUUGUCUCCUAUCCGGCGCUCCUCGACGGAUGCGACAUCACUAACUGCCAAACCGGUCGUAACGACGCCUUUGAAGAAUUCCAUCCUGUCAGAUACAAAUUCUCUCUCUCCAGAUCUUCUUCGUCCGAGCUCCACCUUGGAUCGAGUUAAUCGGCCAAGUGUCCUACCGCCAAUGCCCAAACGUCGUCUGGUCCGAUUGCAGAGCGUGCUUCAGAUGCGCCGGCGCCUGGAACAACAAGUCGAUCCGGAAGCCCGUCGUCUGUUGCGUACGAGCAAAUUUGUUGGCUGUGUGGAUCGGACCUGUUGUCUGGUGCAACACGAGACCGAUUUGCUACUUAUCCGACUGCAUCCGCUCACUCGCGCUUACUUUUACCAGUUAAGCGUGACCAAUUUUGCCAAUCACGGUGAAGAUAGUGGUAUCGAUGUACUCCCAGGUGGCAGACUGUCUGGUCUAGAGUAUGCAGACGACAUUGUGCUACUAAGUGGAGAUCCAGUUUUCAACGAGCCCGUGGCGUUGCUGGAUCUAGUCGAAUUGGCUCAGUCUCGACUCAGAGGGGCCAACGAGUCGGGUAGCAUACAAGCCGUACAGAUCGUGGAAACAUUGCUGUCUCAUGCAGCCAUGCUGUGGGACUAUUUUUCCAUUCGUAUCGAACAGGCUAGUGACGGUCGAGCUCUAUUGUAUGGGAUCCCGUUGCUUUUGGACAACAGAUAUGUGCCCGAUCUGGAUCGUCUUCCCCUGUUCGUCACACGACUUGGCACGGAAGUCACCUGGACGGAGGAGGCUGUCUGUUUUGAGAAUCUAUGUCGCAUUCUGGCCGAUUUCUACGCCAUACAUUCCCCACUCAUCCCACAAUCCACAGACACAUCUGAGGUUGAUGCUGCCUUGACCAGUCGGUCGUCUGAGGUCAGUUCAUCGAGCACAGUACCUUGGCGCUGGAUGAUUGAACACGUCGUGUGGCCUGCAGUCGCCACCGGGCUUUGGCCCGCUCGUGGUUUACUGUACGAGAGUCCACCAAUUGCGACUCCCGGGCAGGAAAAAGUCCCUUCCACAGCCUGUUUCCGGUUAACACGAUUAGCGGAUUUGUACAAGGUGUUCGAACGUUGUUGA